AUGUCGUCCAUUGCCCCUGUCGAUGACCAACAUAUUUUGAUAGGCUCGUCAGAAUUACGAGCUGGAUUCUCUACUAGCGACUCAGAUGAUCCUGCGUACACGUGUGAAAACAUUGUAUCGCGGUUCCGUGAUCGGAAACGUGGGGCAAAUGUAGUGCUGUGCGGUAAUAACUGCUAUGUCGAUGCGCAGGCGCGUGCAAACAUCAAAAGUCCCUUCGACGGAGAUGUCGUAUGUGGAUUUGAUACCAUGACUACAGUCGAUCUCGUGCGUACUUAUGUCCGUGAGCUAACCUUUUAG